CUCAGCACGUGUGAGGGAGGCUGGAGAGGUCUUCAUAGGCGUGCUUGGACUGUGGCCUUGCUCUGUUUCUUUCCAAGUGGGAGAAUAGUGCAGAGCAGAGACUUGCAGAGCAAACAAGCAAGCACAUAGUGUUUCAAGGCUGCCUGUUACCCUUCUCCCGUACCUAAUGUGUGCUGGUGAUUGCAUCCAGCAGCUGAAAAUAAUCUCUUGGAAGGAGGUGAUGAACAGGAGUUGCCAAGCAGGACUAUUUAUAAUGGGUGAGUCAGGACAUGCCUGAAUCCAGCCAGACAGUGGGGAGCUGGAACCCAGGAGUAACCUGCAAAGGACAUAGCCUUGGAUAAGAGGCUGUUGCCUGCAGUAGCUUGUUUAUUGCAUAGUUCAGACUCGUCCUGUUUGUCCUCUGUGAUGGACUGCACCUUUCCCUUCAGCUCUACCACACGCUUGCUGCAACCGGAUGGGGGGCAGCUAGAUGAGUGGAAGUACUCUCGGCGUGUAAGGCCCCAGUACUACCACAGCAAGCACAGCCUGAGCCCAGCUAGCCAGGGAUGCCAGAACAGCCGUUUGGAGCCACUGGAGUGCCGGGAUCUGCUGGUUCAGAAUGCACUCUUCACUGGGGACCUGGAGAUGGUGCAGAAGUACUUCACCAAGGAUGCAGCCAUCAAUCUCAUCAUUGAGACCAAGGGUGAUGAGCUACGCUGGACUAGCAAGAAAUUUGGACUGUGGUCUCUGAGCUAUGAGCAGGAGCUCACCACGCCGCUGCAGAUCACAGCCAGCCGGGGCUACACAGACUGCCUGCGGCUCCUGCUGAUCAGGGGUGCUGCCGUCAACUUUGCACCAGGGGGUAAGACUGCCCUGCAUGAGGCUUGUGCAGCAGCCAGCACAGACUGUGUGCGCCUGCUGCUCAGCUUUGGUGCUGACCCUGAGGCUGUCUCCGAGAAUGGCUACAAGCCCCUGCAUCUCUGCAAGACCCCAGAGUCCAUCGAGUGUGUGCAGCAGCUGCUGCAGCAUGGAGCCAGCGUGAAGAGUCGGACAGAGGAGGAAGACGACACAGCACUGCAUAUAGCAGCACGGCAUGGCCUAACAGACCACGUCCAGCUGCUUCUGCGCCAUGGGGCAGAGCUGGAGGCAAGGAAUGAAGAGGGGCAGACACCACUGAAUGCUGCCUGUGCUCAGCCCCAUCAACCCCAGGACAUGGACCGCUACUACCAGGUCUGCCAGCUGCUGGUGGAGAGCGGUGCUAGCAUCAAUGCUGCAGAUAGGGACCGUCAGCAUCCACUACACCUGGCCUGCAAGAAUGCCAAUGCUCAAAUAGCAGAGUUACUGCUGGCCCGAGGUGCAAACGUAAAUGUCAUGAACUACAGCGGCAACACAGCACUGCACAAUAUCCUGCAAGCAGCUGCCUACAAGCUAGACCACCACCCAGAGCUUGUGGUGCAAGCCCUGCUUAACUACGGUGCCAUCCGCAUCUGGCCUGGCGCUCUCCUCAAGGUGCUGCGGUACUGCCAUACCUGCCCGCGUGCCAUUGAGGUCCUGAUGAACAGCUAUGACCAUGUGCGCGUCUCCGAGGACUGGGUGGAGGCAGUUCCGGUGGAGGUUGUACAGAAAUAUCCACGUUUCUACCAGUCACUCUUCUCCCUGGAGCAAAGACCUCGCUCCUUGCAGCAUCUGGCUCGCUACACGCUCAGGACCUUCCUGGAGGGCCGGUUGCUUCUGGUCCUGUCCCAGCUGCACCUGCCAAGUGCCUUGCACCGUUUCCUGCUGCUCAGCUUCGAGGAUGUUCUCUACUGAGGGCUGCAGUUCCAGUCCUACUGUGCCUUUCCGUGCAGAUGUUCCAUCCCUGCGGUGCAGUCUGUGCCUUCCCUGCUAACCCCUUCCCCUUGCACACCUCCUGCCAGGCCAUGUCAGCCCCCCAGGCCAAACUUGUUGCUGUGUUCUUGUCCAGGCAGCCUCGUGUUCUGCCUCAUGCACCUAUUUUGGAGCACUCUGUUUACCCAUACUAAUCAGGACAAACUCCAGACUCAGUAAGAAAAGCAAGAUAUGGGGAUUAGGGUGUUUUGAGGGACAA